AGCCUUUCCUCUUUGUUCCCCCUUUUUUUUCAAGCAACCACCCCUUAUCUCCUGAUAAGACAGACUGAACCGUAGAUAUUUUGCACAUGCUCAGUUUAGUGUGUAUUGCUAGAGAGAGUGCAUGUGAUCAGCACAGGGCCAAUCAGCACUGUCCAGACAGAGGUCAGGGGUUUUUCAUCCUCCUAGAGCAGAAAGAAAACUCCUAUAAGCUUUAGCCAGUGCUGGACUGGACACUGAUAGAAGCCACAAGACUGCUCUAACUUCUGAUGAGAAAAGGUAUUUAGCAGUUUAUAUUUACUAA